UGGCGCGCGAAUUUCUGACAGGAUCUCUCGCUCUCCUCGCUCUCCUCUGUCCCGGCCGGCCGGCCGGCGGGAGUCCAAAGGCGGCCUCCGUCGAGCGAGCGCCUGCCUCCUUCAUGGCUCCGAGGACCUUCCUCCGCUGAGCUGAGAGGCGAGAGAAACCGCCGGCCGUUGCUGAGGAAAGAAGGCGGAUGGUGGGGAGGGUGGCCAUGGCCGCCGAAGCUGCGGCUGCCUCAACCGACGGCGACGUUCAGGUAAGAGAGAGGGAGAGAGAGAGGCCGAAGCUCCUUUUCCCUCUGGCUUCGCGGACUUGGUGCGUGUGCAAGCGAGUGAAAUGGGCUUGGGAAAGGGAUAGGGUUGAGGCGGCUCCGCCUGUGGGCGAGUUGCAGCUGUCAGAGCCAAGAAGGAGUGCCAACUCGAAUAAAAUGUUUUUUUGGGGGGGGUAGGUAAGCCCAGCCCCACAAGAUCGAUCAUAUGACGUGGGUGCACGCACACCGUUUGAAUGUCAACGGCCGUCAACUUUUUUGGGGGGGGAGGGCUGGCCCGGCUCUCUCAAAUAUUUUAUUUUAUUAGAGGUCAACCCCCAGGAGUUGGCUCCUGUGGCAGAGGUAAAGGAGUCAGGGGUGCCAACUUUUGGGGCUACUUCGUGCCAUGCAAACUGGCUAGAUUUUUUUCUUUUCUUCUCUUUAAUAAAGUUUUUUAUUGAUACAAGAAAAGAAAAAAAAACCACAAAUACCAAAUUACACAAAAGAAUAACCAUAGACACAUAAUUUUCUUAGCAAACAAUAAAACAUCUAUUGGUCUUAACACUAAAGACCCAACCUCCCGUCUAUUCCAUAUUUCAAAUUCAUAUUACUGGCUAUAUUUUUUUCGUUGUACAGUACUAAGUUGCUCUGGGUUGCCUUGGUCAAGGUAAAGCAACUAACAAAUGUAAUAAUAAUAAUAAUAAUAAUAAUAAAUUUCAUUUAUACCCCGCCCUCCCCAACCAAGACCGGGCUCAGGGUGGCUAACAACCAAUAAUAAAAACAUGUUGAUUAAAACACAAUUUAAAAAACAAGAUUAAAAUACAACAUUAAAACAUUAAGGAUGCAGCCUCUUCACAGGAGGAGAAAGGAAAAAGAAAGAGGGGGAGGGAAUCAAACUGAUUUUAAGCCAAAGGCCAGGUGGAACAACUCUGUCUUACAGGCCCUGCGGAAAGAAAUCAGAUUACAAAUGUAAUAAGUAAUAACAAUAACUUGAAGAAAAUAUCCCCCCCCCCAUAAGCCUCAGCCCGUGUCAUUGAUCGCAUUGAUGCUCAGCACUUUCACACCAUUUGGAUGGCGAUGCUCAUCAACUUUUUGGGGGGAAGCAGCCCCCUCAGAUAUUUAUUUAUUUGCCCCUAUGAGUUGGCUCUUGUGAAAGCGGUUAACCAUCUUAUUUUCUUUUUUAAAUAGCUGUCUUGAUGUUUUUCUAUUUACCGGGGUGUGUGCCAUCAGGCGUGUUUUCACUUCCCACCCCCAUGCAAAUUCUAAACGUUUGAAACAGAUUGGUGGCUCAAGGUUGUCUCUCAUAGCCUGUUGGGGGAGAUCUGGAAAAAUACCGCCUUUUACUGUCUCAGUGGGGUUGGUGAGUUUUCCAUUACAGAUUUCUCCUCCAUAAUUUUAUAAUAGUCUUGUAUUUUAUUCAGUGAACUUCCCUGAGAUCCUUUGAUGAAGGGCAGUAAAUAAAUUUAAUAAAUAAAUAGAAUAAAAAUAAACGUGUAAGGUAGGCAUGAGGGCCUCGGUGAAAAACUUCAUUUGUGAUGCUGUUGAGGGUGUGUGGCGUUAAACCGGUUUAGCACCACAUUUUUCUGUCCCCAAGGAAUCUUGGGUAUGGUAGUUGUGGGUGAGAGGGCAUAGCGGCCUGUCCCAGAGAAAAUGCAGCAACCUUGCAAAGGUGCAUAAUGUGAUUGGUUUGUUGCUAUAUCCCAUGUUCUGAAAGGGAUUAUCUUUCAGAGAAAAUGUGUGUAUUUUUUAAAAAAAAAAGAACCCCAAAUGUUUUUCAUUAGGGAAUGUUUUUACAGUCACAGUCUAGCUUAACUGUUAAACAUCCCACUUGAGCCCUAAAGCUCAGGAUGAGGAGCAGUUCCAUUUGGCUAACCUAUAGUAGGGAUGUUGAGAGUGCAGAAGUACCUGCCAAAGAUCAGGUACAUUGUCCUUUUCUGUUUUGCAAGCCUGGCUCAGUAGUUGAGCUCUAGCCAGAACCUGAGCUUCCCAGGUCUGAGCCCAAUUUUGUAUUCACGGGCUAAAAUAAAAAUAAUACCUGGCUCUUGUAUUUGUAAUGGGAUCUUCAGAACGAACAAUAAAGUUUAUGUCAGUUUAGAAAGGAGAAUGUUUGUUUUCUAUUAAAUACAGGCAGCCCCCUGUACAUACUGGGGUUACAUAAAAUCACAUAUAAUUGAAGCCCAUAGAAAAAGCCCACAAACAUCUCAUUCCGCCUCCACCCCACUCCUGUUCCGCCCUUUUAAUGAUAUUUAGCGAAAUCUUUAUAACAUUUUUGUGUCACUUCCAAGGUCAGUACAAUGCACGUAUACAUGGUCACAUACAUAUUGAACAUGCAUAAAUGAGGGGCUGCUUGUAUGCUUUUUUUUUUUUUAAUGAUAUUUAUUGGGGGGAAUUUUUUUUUUAAAUUACACACACAAAAAAGACAAGACAGAAAAAUAAAAAUAAAAAAUAAAACCAUCAUUCUCAAAUUCUCCACUUUCAAUACCUUCUUUCUUUGACCUCCUCCUCCUCCCUUUUCUUGUAUCCUGAUUAAUAAUAAUCACAGCAAAUCCUUUCCAUAAUUCAUAGUAUUCUGUCAUUACAUUACCUUAAUCUAUUUUCCUCUUAUAAAAAAAACAAAACCUUAAAGUUUAAAACUUAAAUCUUAUUUUUACCAACUUCUCCUAGCCAUAACAUUCUUACCAAAUUCUUUAGACAUUUUUACAAGAGCCAAGUAAUUUCAUUUCAACAUUUUUCUAGCAUUCAUCAAUUUUAUAGAACAAUCCUAAUGAUAAAAAAAAAGAAAUAAACAAUCCAAUCUUCAUCCAGCGUCCCUUCCUCCUGGUCCCGGGUUUUGUCAGUCCUUUUUAUCUUAUUAGUCUAGCACAUUAACCUGGUAAUCUUAUAUCCGAAGCCCUCAAGUCUCUUCCAUGUCCCUUCCGCAGCUCUUCUUCAUAUUUUCCUUUCAUUCGUGGGAACUCCAGCUUGGUAAUGUUUUUGACCCUUUUCAACAAAUCAGCCCUUUUUCCAUAGUCCAGACUAGACUCCAUGUGGUAUUUAAAAACAUGUUUCAGAUUCCCUCCAAAAUUGAGAGCCUGCUUGUAUGCUUUUAAAUAAUUUGUUAUUUCAUUCAACCCAGUCUCAUAGGUGACAGCCUGCUUUAAUAGUAUGUCCAGCUUAACCGCUUCUGAGGUAGCAUAGAUAGAUCAUAUUUUAUUUUUUAUUUUGCCUUUAACAAUUAACAUAGCUUUACCGAUUAACAUGGUGCCCUAUAUUUGUUUUAAAAAGAAAUGUGUGAAUGUAGUUCUUGUGUAAUAAGCAUGACAAGCUUUUUAGACAAUUUGCGUUCUGAAUAACAAAUAAGAAAUAAACACGAGCAAUUUUAAUGCUAGCUAAAGCUGUUCAUUUAUACAAAACCACUCUGCUUUUCCUUUAUAGCCAUGUAAGAAACGGAAAGAAGAUGAUCCUUCUAUAAAAGCAAUUACAAAAUAUUUUUCACCAUUAGGAAAAAAUGUUGAUAAAGUGUUGUCACCACCAAAGUCCAACAAUAUAAUGGAUUAUUUUAAAAGAACUUCCCCCACAUAUGAGAAUAUUGCUGCACCUGUAACAGAGAUGAAAACUAAAACAGAUAGAUCAUCCUUGGAAAAUUCUUCAAAGGCUUUAUCAAGACUCAAGAGGAAAGGAAAGAGAUGUAAUUUAAAUAAUAAAUUAAAAGAUAUAAAAACAAUUGGGCCUGACCUUGUGAUAGAAAUUAAUAGUAAUGAUAGUAAAGAAUUUCUCAGUCCGAAAGAAGAAGACUCUAAAGGUAGUUUCAAUAGUCAUAGUGUUCCUGCAUUGGUUGGCCCUACAAACCUGGAAGAAAUGUUAAAUGAUUGUAGUAAACACCGUCUCAGUAGUGUUGACGGGAAACAUGAAGAAGGAAUAAAGAGUAACAUAAAAAGAUUAAAGAAACGGAAACACAAAUAUAAGGUGGACUUGCCUAAACAUUUUUCUACUGAAACCCAACAGAAAGAUAAUAGUAGAGAAGUUGAUAAUAAACAAGAUAUAUCUAUGAGUAAACCAGAAAAUGAAAGCAUAGAAAAUAUUAUGCAUCCUGAGACUAAUGCACAUGAGACACCACUUUUAAAUGAUUGCACAGUUACUGUAUCAUUUGAAGACUUUCUAAAAAGCCAAGGUGAAAAUAAAAGCCAUCAAAUUCCCGAAGCAGAAACAGCAGAUAGUCCCAUUGCAUCCUGUGAAACAGUGAGCUGCCAAGUUGCUCAGCAGCUCCCACUUAAGAAAGUAACUGUCCUUGCACAAAUUCAUUCUGUGCCUCCAAAAUCUCCCUCUUCUAGGAAAAUAGCCUCUAUCUUUUUAAAGCAAAAAACCAAAACAGCUAGAAGACAAAGCAGUCUGCCUGCCUCAGAAGAGAUGUAUUCUGAGCAAAUUACACAGAAGCGAAAAUCUAAUGUGGUGAUAGCAGAAGAAGAGUUAGAACUGGCAGUAUUAGAAGCUGCAGGUUCCGAGAGCAUGAAGUCAAAAUGCACUGCAGAAGAAAGAUACCAGUUUAUGAAAGCUUUUAGACAACCGGCAUCUGAUAUGGUAAAAAAUGGAUCUAAAAAAGGACCCGGUAAACAGAAGGAAGUAGAAAAAUCUUCAAAACACAAACUGGAAGUGGAAGAAUCUGAGGAUGUUUCUAAUAAAAAACUAGGAAAUGAAUUAUCAUCUGAUUUUGUUGGUAGUGAUUCCCAUUGUAAUACGGUUAAAAAAGAUCGUACCAGAGUAAGAAACAGCAAGCUCAGCAGGAAAAAGAAGAUACUAAGAGGAGAGGAGAAAGAUUUAAAUACAAACAAAAGCCUGGACCAUGCUGCUGGAGAAACCACUUCAACUGAAGCAGAAAGCACAUUGUCCCCCAAAAAGAAUGGAUUGAGAAGAAGUCCACGGCAAAAGAAAAGCCAAAGUUCCAUAAAUAUUACACCAGAAAAAGCAAGGUUUUCAGAGACUUUUGAUGAAAACGCAUCAGAUCCUAUUCCUGUACAGGCUUCUACUCCCCAAACAAAAAAAUCCUUUAAUAAAAGUGCCUUGUAUAAGGCUGUGGUGAUUACUGAACCCUUUGAUUCAACGAGUCCAAUAAGGUAAACAUAUUUUUAGAGUGUAAGUAAUUUUUGUUUAAGUACCUAAACUUUAUCUAGAGACGGUAGCUCUGAACACAUGCAGCUUUAGCACUUUGCUGUUUAUCCGAAAACAGUAUUAAGGAGUGGUUUUUAAUAAAUAUAUAAUAAGUGGGAUUUUUUCCCCCUCAUACAGGAUGAAAUUCACUCGAAUUAGUACAUCUGAAAGAUUUACGCAACAGAGUGUGAAGGUAUUGUUUUGAAUAAAUUUCACUGUAAUUUGAAUAUGAAGCCCCAAUAGAAUUAAAUAUAGUAGUGUAAAAAAUUGUUGCACACCCUUAAAUUAUGCACAGAAUACUUUGAAUGAUAUUAUUCUUCCCCCUCAGCAGUAGAAUUUAAGUAAGCAUUGUACUACUUCUAGGUGUUCUUCCAACCUCCUCACUAUAUUUAGAGUGUAACACUGAAACCAGGAAUAACCAUCUUCAUUACUUGCAAUCCAAAUUUGAAAAUAAAUUUGAAAUAAGGAUGGGGUUAUAGACCUGUUGAAAUUAAUGGACUUCAAGCACAUUGAUUUCAGUUGGUCUACAUGACUUACAUUGCAUAUCACCUAGAAUUUCCUGUUCUGGCUUUAUGUUUACACAAAUGAAUGUUGAGUGUGAGGAGGACAAAUCUGGAACCUCUUUUGAUCUUUGUGCAUGUCUAGGUUUCUGAGGGAAAUUAUUGUAUGAAAAGGCCCUUAAUAUAUAUCUGGUCAUACACUUUAAUAUACUGGCAUACAGUAUAUUACCAAUAUGACAUACAUAUUGUUCAGUGAGAAACAGUUUAAUAUAAUUAUGUAAUUAUUUUUAAAAAUUACAACAUACACAGCUUUUAAAUAUUUACCUGGAUUAAUAGAUUUAAAUAUAGCACCUUAGAUUGAACAGUGCCUUGUUGAGCAGAAAGGAUUUCUGUUCAUACAAGGCAUGGUGUCUGAUUUUCCCGGGCUUCCCCCUACCUGCUGCAGCCCCAUGUCAUUUGCCAUGCUAUUUUGGAGAGUCCCCCAGCCCUCAGGAGCAGGGUUUUUUUGUGGGGGUGCUUUAAUAAGAAGGAGGAAUUGGUGAAGAACAUUUCCACCUUUGCAUCUUUAGAUCCAAGCCACAGUGUGCAUUGGCCCUUGCCCCAUUAAUGAUUCCUUUUAAUUUUACUGUAGAUGAACAGUAUAUCGAAAGCAAAGAAAUUGGUUGAGAAAGCAAAGGCUCUAAAGCAUAACAGAGCAACGAAGAUUACUGAAGAGAUAUUACCCGUGCCUCUGCGACGCUCUUCUAGACAACAGGCCUUGACUGAAAAGAAAAAGUCACAGAACACAGAAGUAAGUCCAUAAACUCUGUCUUAUAUAUGGAAUCAGCAUUGUUGUUCACUUGCUUUAAGCAACAGUUUGUCUUUGACCUGUUCUCUGUUCUGUAGUAUAAGGGGUUUGAAUAAACUUGUAGUCGUUGCUAUGAGUUUGUCUGAAAACAAUUUUUUAAAGUAUCUGUUCUAGUGAUAAAGUAGAUGAGUGUAAACCAGGGGUCAACAAACUUUUUCAGAAGAGGGCCGGUCCACUGUCUCUGAGACCUUGUGGGGGGCUGGAUGGACCCCCUCCCAAAAGCACCUCCCCGCUGAUGCCACUCACACCGCCGCCGCCUCAUCUUCAGCAGCGUCAGCACCCUCUGUCUCGGUGGUGCGCAGAGCCCAAGCCGCUGGCCUGGGCGGCGGAGGCAGCCUCCGCACCACUGCCGCUUCCUUCCCUCUCGGCUGCUUUCUCCCACUCAGCCGCCUCAGUGGGAAGGAAGGGGCGGAGCCCAGAGGCACCCAUGGCUUCUGAUUGGCUGCAGGAGCUUCCGUGCUGCGUUGCAGAAGUCAGUCUCCGCGCUGCGAGGCCGCCACGCCACACCUGUUUAGCACAGGGACUGACCGACUGGGCAGCAAGGUUCGCGGGCCGGAUUAACGAGCCUGGUGGGCCGCAUCCAGCCUGCGGACCUUAGUUUGCCGACCUCUGGUGUAAACACUGAGAUUAAUUUCAUGAAUAACUGAAAAUUGUUUGCUCUCACUUUUCAGCCAUACUCCAAUAAAUGCUGAUGAUCACAUUUUAGGUGAUUGUUAGUGUUCUUGAGUAUUUGCUAUAAUAAUAUAACAUUUCCUUAGCUUAUGAAAAGUAAGCAGAAAUUGUAUAGUUUCUUCUAACAUUUUCAGUGAACGUAUAACACGGUUUCUAUAAAAAAUGAACUUUUUGUUAACUGUACCUAUGCAAUGUGCUUCCUUGAUCUCUCACUAGUCCUGUUCUACACAAGGAAAAAUGAGAAAGGGAAAGUGGCUUGUUCACUGUUACCAAGUGAAUUUAAUGCUGAACUUGAAUUGAGCUCAAGUUCCACAUCCAGCUGUGCAUUAGUUUUUGCAUACUACACUGAGUAGAUAGAGAGGCUCAUUUUUAUUUGAUGUAAUACUGACAGAAGUUUGUAUGAAAUACAACUGUUCAUUUGAAAUAUAGUAGCAGCCGAUACCAUAAAAAUAUAGAAACCAAAUGCAAGUUGCUGAAGCUUAUUUUGUUACUUAGUAUCAUGUGUUUCGGUUUGCAUUCAUUUAUAUUUGCUUUUAUAAAAAAUGUUGUGCACUACCCUAGAAUUUUCUGAUACUUUAAAUAAAAUGAAAUAAAUGUCUAGUGAACUGUAGUGUAUGCAAGAGCUCUAUAGAAGCAUGUAUUUUUGCAUUCUCUUCCUUGUCAGGGACUAUGCACUGGGAAUGUGUGAGUUAUCUAACAGCGGCAAGAGCUUUUUCAUGCAGGGCUCCAUAGGCACAAAAAAAUUACUUGGGGGUGGAUGGGUUGGGUUGUUGCUGUUUUGAUUUUGAUUAUGUAUUUUGUGGUUUUAUAUUUCGAUUUUAUUCUGUGAAACACCCUGAGACCUGUAAUAUUUACCCUGUUUGUGUUCAGGAUUCAGUGAUUUUUCUGGAUUCAAGUCCUGUUUCAGAAAAUGUGAACAAUCCAAAGAAACUUCGAAACUUGAAUGAUGUAUUGGGGAAGAAGACUGGAAAUGUGAAGACAGCUAUGAAAUCAAAUGGUACCAAAUUUUACUCACUAACUUUCCAAUUUCUAGCCCAUACUUCAGUGUUUCAUAAAAUUGGGAUAGGUUACAAUGAUAAAACAACUCACAAUUUAAAUAAUAGCAUUUUUAAGGCAUUGGAGCAAAAGCAGGUGGACACUUCUUUAAUUUUCAACUCACUGCAUUGUGUUAGCCACUAUGUGGGCUGCUAUAAAACCCUGGGGAAAGAGGUACGUCUUCAAGUGGUGUCAAAGGUAAGCAAUAUCAACACCAAGCCUAAAUUAAUGAGAAGGGCAUUCUACAAUCAGGGUGCCACCACAAAGAAGGUUCCUAGUCUAUGUCACCACACAGUGUCCUUCACUCAACAUGAGAUGAGUACAGUAUUAAGCAACUAUCACAGAGCCAAAAUAUAUUGAAAUGUUGGAGAUCUUUGAUCUCCCAUCUCUUUAUAUGUUUUUAAAAGCAGCCAUUGGAGUUAUUUAGAUUGGGACCAUGAUGCUAGGGGCAAAGUUUAGCCCUCUCAAGCUGCACUAUUUGCCCAAUGAAUAUAGCCUCAAUGGGUGGGGAGGUUCAUGUUAUGUGCCCCAUUAAGGUAAUACUAUCUGGAUUUUGUGUGUUAGUAUGUGUUACAGGUAUAACCCUGUUGGUUGUCUUCUCCUGUUGGGGGCGGGGUUUGGUAUCAAUUUUACAUGCAUAAUGAGAGAAAUGCUUGUGCAGAUGGUCAGAACUUAAAAUACAGCUAAAACAUGUUUAUGAGCAGAUGCUAAACAAUUAAGUUCACAGGAGUUUUGUGCAGUGUUCUGAAAACUUCACAUUCCUAAUAUUUUUUCCUAAAAUUUGUAACAUACUUCCUUAAACUAUAAAUAUGAAAAUGAAAUUGUUCGCUUUUUCUGAAAUAUGUGCACCCUGGUACACAUGCUCAUUCAGGUAACUGUUUUGUGGUCACAGAAUAUUAAGAUUUUCAGAAACCGAGAGAAUAUCUGUCCUAUGUAACACAGAACCAUGGAAUUCAGCUAAAAUAUACAUAGUUAAUAUAUCAUCAGGGAAAUUAAAUAGUAUAAUUUUGAAAACAUUUUAUGUUAUAAUUUAAGAAUCUGAGAUAUAGUGUGCAGCUAAUUAUUAUUGUGGUUAAUUUGAUGUAUAUCUAUCUGUUCCUUCCAUAACUUCAUAUUGCAGCACAGAGUUAGGGCUAUAUUUGUGCCUUGCUAAUCUUGGCAAUAUUUUACUUUUAAAGGCAAAGAGAAAGUGUCUUCAUCAAUUAGGAAAAAGGUCCAGAAGACUACAGAUGCAGCAAUUUAUGUUUUGGAUGAAAGCAGGUCAGUUUGUCACAUAUAUCCUUGUAGUAAUUUACAAAGCCCUGAACAACUUAGGUCCAGAGUACCUCAGGGACUGUCUAAACCCUUCUAUCCCAGCACGAUCACUGUGAUCAUCUGUAGGAGCAUCACUGCUCAUUCCCCAAGCUGGUGAGGCUCAUUUGACCUCAAGAAACUGAGCCUUUAAGUGUCAUUGGCUCAAUAUUAUGAAAUACUCUGCCAAUAGGCACCUUCUGUUUCAAGUUUUAAACACCUGCUGGAAACAUUUCUGUUUCAUCAGGCUUAUGCAGGCAAUUAAGAAUUUCCUAUUUCCAUAAUAGCUGAUUUCAACUUUUUAAUAUGGCAUUUAUAUUAUGGUUUUAUUAUAUAUUAUGAUACGAUUUAUUAUAUAUUAUGGUACGAUUGUUGUAAACUGCUCUGAUACUUUUUAUGACUAGAAAUGAGGUGUGUGUGUGUGUGUGUGUGUGUGUGUGUGUUAAUGAAUGAGAUGGAAGUGCAUAAAUCCACACCCAUUUUUAUAGAACCAUGAGCAACAUAAUGGAAUGAAUGGGCUGUUCAACUAGAACUGGAGAGACCCAGUUUUCAACCCCUGCUCAUCCAUGAAGCACACUGGGUGACCCUGGACGUCCCCUUUCUCUCAGCCCAGCUUAAUCUUACAGAGGGUGAAAUGUGGCGGUGUGUUUCACUGUAUUCAAACCUGAGCCCCUUGGAGGAGAAGUGUGUUAACAUUAUUAGUACACAAGUGGAAACAUGGUGAAAGGGUUGUCUGGUGCAAUGUAACAAGCAAGGAUGCAGCAUAAAGUGGGUGGCAGGAGAUUUUUGAUGGUUCUUCUCAGAGCUGCAUGCUCCAGAGAACAGUCAGUAAUUGUAGGCAAGUAGUAUUUGCCUACAAUCCUGCCAACCUAGCAGUUCGAAAGCACGUCAAAGUGCAAGUAGAUAAAUAGGUACUGCUCCAGCGGGAAGGUAAAUGGCGUUUCCGUGCGCUGUUCUGGUUCACCAGAAGCGGCUUAGUCAUGCUGGCCACAUGACCCGGAAGCUGAACGCCAGCUCCCUCGGCCACUAAAGCGAGAUGAGCGCCGCAACCCCAGAGUCGGCCACAACUGGACCUAAUGGUCAGGGGUCCCUUUACCUUUACCUUUACCUUUACCUUUAUCUUUACCUAGUGUUUCGGAGAAACUUUCCUCCCAUUACUGAUCAUAUCAUUGUAGAUUGUGGUAAGCUGCUCAGGAAUCUUCAGGUUCUUCUGAACAAUUCCAAAGCCUUUGCUGCAAGGAAUGCAAACCAAUAUUAAAUAGUGAAGCUUAUCUGCUUUUGGUUGUCACUUCCACCUAGUGAUCAAGAUUCUGAAAAUUCUCAAGAUGGCAAGCAGUUCAAAGCGAAACGUGAAUUUUUAAUGAGUGGUUUGCCAGAGUCUUUAAAAAGGCAGAUUGCAAAGAAAGCAGCAGCAUUGGAAGCAUAUUCGUCAAUUAAUUCCUGUUUUCGAACAGUGGUCCAUGUUCAGCAGAAGGACUGUGGUGAGUAUUGACUUCCUGAAGUUCUUGCAGUGACUACAUUAUUGGAGCUUUUGCCUUAAAAUAACGUUUAUUGACUUUUUGUUACUACAAGAGACUAACAAAUGUUUGGGUGGCAUAAAUUUAGAUGAGUUUCAUAAAACUAUACUUUCGGGUUUUACCGCGUGCACAUUCACAGAAGCGGCGCCUCCAGAUAUGGACUUUUCGGGGUAAGUACGGACCCCCGGGACGAAUUAAGUUCGUAUCUGGAGGGUCCACUGUAUGAAUAAAAAACGUCCACACACUUUGCAAUUGCAUGCAUGCGUUUGGGAGGGAUACAAUUGCAUUUUUGAAGUUAGGGGUUCUAAAUAGCUAUAGGGCAGGGUUUGUAGCUCACUUGUGAAUUGACAUUUGUGUUAUUUUACAGAGAUUGAGUCAUGUUUACAUUUUUGAGCAGUCAGGGCAGGUAAAGGAUGUUGGACAGCUUUUUUAAAAAACCCAAGUUUUACGAAAUGUGGAGAAAAUGGAAGAUGGAACUUGACUUACUAAGUUAUGCCUCUGUCCCCAUGAGGAAUAGCUUUCUCUGUGUUAUGUGACUGUGUGUGCAUCUACCACUGGAUGCAGGUUCUGACAGCUUUUCCUGUUAUAAUGUGGCUCUCAGGCUAGACACUGUUCACACUCCUAGCUUAGAAGAUGAUUGCCUCUUACUUUGCAGGAACUUGAAGAUGAAAAGAGCAGUGAGAAUGGUGACAGCUUCUUUCAUAACGAAGAAGGCAGCGACAAAAACAAGCACUAAUUUAGUCCUUCCUCUGCUCCAACUAUAGACAUUAAUGCUGCUAAAUGUUCUUUUUAAUAGUUGGGAGAAAUAGCAUACGAUCAGAUAAUUUUUUGUGCUUCUCUAGAGAUGUAUCAUAUUAGAAGAAGAGUAGCUGUGUAGAAGAGCCAUAAGAGAUAAAAUGUUAAGGACAGCUUGCAUAGGAGCAACCUAGAUAUAAAGAUGCACCCAUUUUAAGAAGCAGAUAUUGGUUUUUUAACAGCACAUAUGGGACUGCAAAGUGCUGACAGUGCAUGCCAGGGUAAGUGGAUCACUGGUUUUAGUUAAAGGGACCUACCUGCCAAGUUCUUUUAGUUCAAGUGUCUGAAUUCAUCUGAGUCUGAAUUCAUCCUUUUUGUGCUGCACUGUCUGUAAUGCUCUUUGCAAGGAGCCUGGCUACUAUCAACAAAGAGUUUUACCAACGGGUGAAUAUUCUUCUAUAAUGUAUUCCUUGUUACCUAUUUCUAAAACCCCGCUUGCUAACUGAGUCUUUAUUCUUUCAUAGGAUGUUUGAUGUGGAGGUUGGCACCACCCUCAUCACCUCUUCUAACUAAUCUGAGAGAGGUGAAUUCUGAAGUAACUGAUAUUGCAAAACUCACUUUUCUGCUUGGUGAAUUUUCUGUGUUAAAAACACAGCCUGACAGUACUGAUUCUCCAAUUGUUGUGGUUAGUAUUUACAAAUCUUUAUUGCCAUGAUGGCUUUCAGUUCAGUUGAUCUGUUGUUAUGAAAGCUCUUAUCAUUUUGUUUUUAUUAAAUUGAAACGUAGCAGCUUAAUGUUUUUAAAUUCCAGAGAUCACGUACUUCCUGGUGUCUGUUAGUGUACUACUAAACUCUGUUUUCUAUCUUCAAAAAUAUUAAUUGGGUAUAAAUAUAUUGUGUUGGUUUUUUUCUGUUUUAUAGUCUUCUGGAUGGCGACCAGUUUUUUCUGAAACACAAAGGAAUUGUUUGUUGGAGGAGAUUCAGUCUUCCAAUGCCCAGUUUCCUGUGAAACGGUUUUUUCAUUUGCUGUUGAAAAAACAAGCUGCUUACCAAACUACUAAACAAGGUUGGCAAGUAUAUGUAACUGACAUGUAAAAUUCAGGCAUGGGUAGCAAGUAAAUUUCUAGUAGCACAAUCCUAAGCAUGUUUGCUGUUAAUCGUUACCACUGCAGUCCCUUCCCCUAGAGGGGGCAGACAAAGUGGAGGCCUGGCUAUAUUGAAGCAUUUUUGCUCAGAAAUAAAGCCUGUUCAAUGGAACUUACUCACAGGAAAGUAUACACAGGAUUUCAGCCUAGGGGACUUAAAAGAUCUUUGCAGGAGUCUGUGCCUGCAUGCAAGCAGAGUCUUUCUUCAAGCAAGUAGUGGUAGUGGUGGUUUGGUUUUCUGCUGACAGCACCCCCCACUUCCUCAUGGGUGUUGCUGCUCCACAGAGAUCUUCAGGUAGUGGGGCCAUGUCUUAGAACAUGGGGUUGCAUGGGGGAGCUGGAAAAACCCCACGCUCUUGUGGAACACAGUACUUUGCAUAUUAGCCAGCGUGACUAAAGCCUAUUUGUCUAUAUUAGUUGGUGGUGGCAAGAGUAAGAGGUGCUAGGAAUUGUUCAGCGGUAUGACACGUUGCAUGUUUUGUUUUUCUUUGUCUAGCAAUGCAAUGUGAAGCUGUUAGCACUGGGACAAAUGCAGACUCUGACAAUCGAAAAGCAACCAAAAGAAAACGAAAAGCUGAAGAUCACAAAUCCAAAAGGAGGAAACAAAUUGGAAAAGCAGAGAUUAAACUUCCAGACCAGGUUCCAUGUGAAACACAGACUGGCAUGGGAAACAUAAUCCCCAUAAUAAAUUUAGAUGAGACAGAAGACUCUGAACUUGGAUCAGAAAGUAGUUUUGCUUCUGGUAACUUACACUUAAUCCAUAAUAUUUUAGAACAUAUUAAGCAUGCCUGUUGUGAUUAAGAACAUAGUUCUUAUUUAACUAGAUGUGGAAGUGAAUCCAUUCUAAAAUGGCUAAUCUGAAAUGUCCUCAAAUUAAUACAUGUUGUGCUCAAGAUGACAAAUUCUUUAAAAAGGUAAAGGACCCCUGGAUGGUUAAAUCCAGUCAAAAGUGACUAAGGGGUGUGGUGCUCAUCUCGCUUCAGGCCGAGGGAGCCAGCGUUUGUCCACAGACAGCUUUCCGGUACCUGUUUAUCUACUUGCACUGGCGUGCUUUCAAACUGCUAGGUUGGCAGGAGCUAGGACGGAGUAAUGGGAGCUCACCCCGUUGCGGGGAUUUGAACUGCCGACCUUUCGAUCAGCAAGCCCAAGAGGCUCAGUGGAUUAGACCAUAGCACCAACGGCGUCUUUAAAAAUAUAUUUAUAUUAUAUUUAUUGCAAGAGCACCAUAUUUCAAUAAACCUGUUUGCAUAUAAUUCACUUUCUCUUGCUCCUGACAUAAUAAGUGAGUUUAUAUAUUGCAGCUAAAUCCUGAAUUCUGAAAAACCACUCUGACAAGGGCAGGGGGAAACUAUAUUAUAUUCCAAUAAGUUGGGAUUGACAUUCUGACUGCUGUUAACAGAACAGUGACAUUUCAAAGUCCACCUUAUCAGCGCAGUCCUCUUACGUAAUGAAAGAAUAUAUUUAACAGGUUCUUCAGAACCUCAUACCCUGUUUUUUUUUAUGACAAUUGUUAUAUGGAUAUUUGUGAAGUUACAGUAUAUUGAUUCACAGAUAACCUUAUUGGAACACAUCCCAGUAGACCUAAAAGGAAUUAAUGUACUUUAAAAAAUAAGCACCAUGACUUUACCAGCUGCCUUCUCUAUGAGUGAAAAAAAUGCUUUUUAUGGUUUCUGGAAGAAAUUGCUGGGAGCGGGACACUGGGAGCAGCAUACAGGAAGGGGAAUCUAUAAUACACACUUGCUUUUUGCUUCGCCAUUGGGAUCUUUGAGUCCAUUCUCCUGAAUUAUGGUACUAUUUUAUUGUAAGUUAGAUUGCUGAUUUAAAAAUGCAAAUUAUAUAUUCAAGAGUGUCUUAACCAUUUGCCUUUAGUUUCUUGCAAACAUAAAGCUGUAACUUUCAAUCCAGUUAUUUUCAGAUCCACUUAUUCUGAAGCCUUCAGGGUUAGUAGCUCGAGCAUUUGUCUUUGCGUUUAUGUUUGUCAAAGGAUCUGAUAAUCAGUAAUACCGAUUAAUAUUCCAGUAUCCCGUGCUGUCAAUUUGACAGUUACUUCUGUUGAAAAUAGUAGAACUCCCUUUCAAGUAAUGCAUCUGAGACUGAAAUGUAAAACAUUCUAUAAAACGUUGUCGGAUGAAGCUACAGGGAGGGCCCCCCCCUUAAACCGCCGCAGCUUUGACCUAUAAAUAUUGAUCACAAUUUAUUUCACUGUUUCCUUUCUGUAGGCCAGACAUUUGGGCUAAAAACAUCUUCAGAAAAUGAAAUAAUAAAUCUUCCUUGUUUCUGCUUGGGGUAAUCAUUAAAAUAGGUAAUUUCUGUGUUCAUAAUCUGCAGAUUUUUCAAAUGAAGAUGUGCUCUGGACAGAAAAAUACCAGCCACAGCACUCCAGUGAACUUGUAGGAAACACAGCAGCAGUUCAAAAACUACACAGGUUAGAAACUGUUGAAUUUCUUGUAUCUUUUUUUCCUUUUGAAGCAGGACCACCUGGAGGAAUUUUAUCUUUAUGCUUUCCAUAUAAUCAGUUAUCCACGUAUCCAUAUAUAACCAUAUAUCUUUAUGAUGAUUUUACAUAAUCCAUGUUUGAAUCAUGAAGGUUUCUGCACAGCUAAAUGCAAAAUGCUUAGAUUUGGAAAAUCUAAAAUGACCUCUGCCCCAGUUCUCUCCCCUUGUUCUUCUUAUGUCCUCAAAAGUCUCGCCACUAAAACAGGAAAAUGCUAACCACAAGUGUCCCUGUAUAACAGAUGUUGUGUAGGAGAAGUUAUCAACAGCGAAAACGGCCGAAUACAGUUCCUUUCUCUUUAGGUUUCCUUUCUCCUUUUACCAUAAACCAGGGGAAAGGUCGGACUGAUGUACAGACUGAAGAAAGCAGAAGUUGUGAGGGAACUCUUUGUAUGAUCAGGGGCAAGGCUUGAAUGUGCUCAUUAGUUUUAUUUUUGCUGCCGUUUGCGAUUGUAUUCGAUUAUGUCAUGUAUGUACUCAGGUAUAAAGCCUCAGGGCACUAGAUCUGGGGUGCCCAGUCUCUGGAAACGAUUCCACUGGGUCAGUUAUUGCUCAGCAAUAAAUAUCACUUUCUUUUUCUCCACUGCUGUGUCUGUCAAUUCUUGGACACAAUCUGAUUGGGUCACAGGUACUUUAAAAAUCAGUGCAACACUUUUAAGUGCUUAUGGCAGCAACUGGGUUUCCCUCCAGAUUUUUGUGAUAUGUUUUGCUAGUUAAAGGUCAUUCUGGUUAACUAGGUGUGACUCUGCACCGUGUUGGCAUAGGAGAGUACCUGAGUAUGUGGCUUGAGCCAGUCUCCUAACUGGUUAGGAAAAUUGACAGUGUUAAGCGUAUAUCAGCUCAGUAGCUGGGAUUCUGUUGGGUCCAUGCUGGCAGCUUCAUGAAGCUCCUAAACGACUUUUAUAAACACCUUUCAGUUUUAAAAGCACUGCGGGUUUCACAUAAGAACCCCACCCCCUGGUGAAAACAGUCUCUGGUUAUGUGCUAUUCCUUCUCCCUACCACCACCCUUUCAGUGUCGUGUUAGAACACACCGCACAUUUAGAUAGUGGCUUAAUUUGCAUAACAUCCACGCAUGACUUCAGCGGCUUCUCCCACUCCCCAGUUUCUCAGCUUGUCCUGCCAUCCAGACCAAAGAUUGUGGUUUAUAACCCACUCGGUCCAAUUUAUUUAUUUUUCAGUAUUUAUAUCCCACCCUUCAACUAGUGGUUGCAGAAAGUCAGCCUUCGCCAACGGGAACAUUUUGGAGAGCAGAAACUGAUGAAGACGACAAUUAAUAAUACCACAUAUAUAACUUAAUAACACAGAUUCUCUGACGCAGUACUUCAUCCGAUACGAAAUUAUCUCUUGUGUCUUUAAGGGAAAGCAAAAAUAACAGCUGCCAGUCCUGCUCAUGCAUGUGUUGCUAAGCCAUAGCUUAGCGUGAAAAGAGAACCAGUCUUAUACGUCCCGGUAAAUAGUACAAAUGUGCACAAAGACACCAAAAUAGUCCUAUGUCUUUAUUUUUAGGUGGCUAUGUGAAUGGAAAAAAAGAGCUGACUGUGAAGAAGACAGAACUCAAAAUGAAGCAAAAGGUGGCAGCCAAGAUGGUACUUCAGAACCUUUCUUCAAUCUGUAAAAUAAUGAGUUUUAUAUUAAUAAAAAUGAUUUAUUUCAGAAACCAAAUGAAGACUUAUGAGUUGGAUGUAAGCUUUAUAAUAUGUAAGAUUGUUUUAAAUUUUGUUUCAUCUAGGGUUAUUGGUUGUUGCUUUUUUUAAAAAAAAUGGAAGUUAGUUUGAGUUUGCUUUUUUUUUCUUAGAAAGGGAGGCAGAAAAAAUAUAUAAAAUAACACAGCCAAAUGUGUGUGUUUACUCUGACAUACCGUACUAGAAUCCUUUGACAAUGCGGAUUUUAAAGAUGAGAAGUCGGACAGCGAGGAAGAGAGUGUUCUUUGCAAUACAAUGCUGCUUAUCGGUCCCCCAGGCAUCGGGAAGACAGCAGCGGUUUAUGCCUGCGCACAGGAGCUUGGCUUCAAGGUUUGUAUUGGGUAGCUACUUACAUAACAAAUGUGGAACCUGCAAAGUGAUUUUAGCAAAUCUUAAUUUUAUAACAUUCUUGCAGAUAUUUGAAGUUAAUGCUUCUUGUCAGCGCACCGGAAGGCAGAUUCUCUCCCAGCUAAAGGAAGCUACUCAGUCUCAUCAGGUGGACAAACAAGGUGUAAAUGUUCAUAAGCCAUGCUUCUUUAACAACUACAGUAGCACUAAAUCACCCAGUAAGUAAUGAGCUUCUUUGUUUUAUCAGUAGAGAAGUGAAAAAAAUUGGUUGGAACGUGUAUUUAUUUUUUAAGAUUUUAUGCACCACACCAUUUUUUUAAAAAAAUGAGUUUCGGGGCAGUGUACUGUCACAGUUGCUGACUAAAAGGAAUCUAUGCUGUAAAAUAAAUGCCUUAAUUUUCAUGUAGGCAGAACUCAGGUGUCAGCUUGUCAUGGUUGCCAUUUAUAGAAGUGGUAUACGUACAUUUUGAUGGUAUAAUACAUAUUGCUAAUUGGAAGAGAGUGAGGUUGACCUCCUCCUACUUCCCCUUCCCUGGCCAAUAUCCCAAACCUCUGCUGCUGGGCUGCAGUUAAUAAGGAGCAGUGGUGAGAGAAAGUCUUGCCCUUGGUUUCCUCAUGAUGGCUGACUGUCAGCUCCGUGCCAAGGGAAUGAGGGUGCUUCCUUCUCACAGUUCUGUUCAUCAGGGCAUCCCCUAUCCCCCCACACCUUGCCCAUAGCAGUAGUACCUCCUGGCAGGCACCAUGGGAGCACACUUUUUCCAACACCACUGGGCCACAUGGUUACUUCAGAUUGUACGUGGCGUACAAUCCGGAGGUAAGGAGAGUGGAGUGCACCUUAGUACCAUGGCCAAAUAAUGGGAGCUUUUAAUAUAUAAAUGGCACUUCAGAAUUUCUGGUCAUUCUGACCACCUAGUGUUUAUGAGUAUUAUGAAGGUGCAUAAGUAUCAUGGCCUAGGACCCUCGUACCUACGGGACCGCCUCUCCCGGUAUGCCCCACGGAGAGCCUCAAGGUCCAUAAAUAGCAACACCCUAGUGGUCCCGGGCCCUAAGGAAGUUAGAUUAGCUUCAACCAGAGCCAGGGCCUUUUCAACUCUGGCUCCGGCCUGGUGGAACGCUCUGCCUCAUGAGACCAGGGCUCUGCAGGAUCUGAUUUCUUUCCGCAGGGCCUGUAAGACAGAGUUGUUCCGCUUGGCCUUUGGCUUGGAGCCAAUUUGAUUCCCUCCCCCUCUUUCUUUUUUUCCUUUCUCUUCUUGCGAUGAGGCUACAUUUUAAUAUUUUAAUGUAUUUUAAUUUUUUUUUAAAGUUGUAUUUAUUCAACUUGUUUUUAUUAUUGCUUGUUAGCCGCCCUGAGCCCGGCCUUGGCUGGGGAAGGCGGGGUAUAAAAAAAUAUUAUUGUUAUUAUUAUAAGUAUUGCAAGACUGAUUUUAUGUGGAAUACCUGUAUCCUGCUUCAUAGCCCUGAGAGGCUCUUGCAGUAGCUUUUAAAAGAUUAUCAAAAUAGAACAUCAAUCAGUUUUGAGUACAGGGGACAGAAAUUGCAUGGCACCCGUAUGCAACCAGGAUAAUUUAGGCAGUAUUUGCAGACCUCGCCCUUGUUCUUUCAUGUUCCCUUGAGCAAGAUACUGGGAUUGGGCAGCUGAAUUUUGCUCUUCUGUGAUGGAAGCAGUCUGCCCUUGCUGGACAUGGCAGCACAUCUCACCACAGUCCUGCGAGGAAAGGGUGUGGGGUUCUGCAACUGGAUUAUGCAAGCCAAUGCUUUCUCUUUCAAGUUUAAGACAAAAAUAAAAUGUAUAUUUCAGGAAAAAGCUCUCCCAGAAAAGAGAAGUCCCCAAGAAAGUUUCCAGUUUCACCCAGAAAAGUUGGAUUAAAGCAAAGCUCGGCAUCCAAAACACUAGCAAACUACUUCAAAAUUUCUCCUAGGCCUAAGAAUGAAGAAGAAAGGGUGCAAGGAACCAACAAAGGUAGGUUUUUAACAUCACAUGCGUGUGCUUGAUCUUUGGAGAUGGGAAACAAAAGAUCAUAGUGUAUUUGUGUAGAAAUGAACUCCCAGCAUGUGUAAUCAGACAUGAAAACUGAGCUAUAAUCUAUGGCAGCCAUGUAGGGUGGUUGUUCAUUCUGCCAACUAAACACCUGUUGAUGUGCUAUUCCAGGUACAAAAGCAGAACAAUGUCCUCUCCCUCCCCUUAUUGGUCUUCCUUUUCCUCCCCCGCUUCCCCAACUAACACCCUCAAACUAAUUGAGGUGCUGGAAGCCACCGAUUCUUACAAGUUGCUUUAUAAAAAAAACUUUUUUCCCCUUUACAAACAAAUAUACUUCAGUGUAUCUCAGUGGUUCUUCGAGUAUGUAGAAAUAAUUGCCUUAUUUUGGAGUUUCGCUUGCAAACAGAUAGAAUGGAUUUAGAAGCACUGUGUAUAGCUUCCGUGGUCUAGCCCUGUGUUAGAACAGCGAAAUGAAAGUCACACGCAGUGCUCCCUGCCUCCUUUCUAUCCUUUCAGUACCAGCAGAGGAACAAUGAGAUCCAUGGGAGCAAUCUGUGUUAGUGGCUAUGUAUUCAAAACCAGACAAGUGCUAAAUCAAAAGGUUGCUGCUUGGGGGAUAAUUGCAAAUGUUACAAAAUGAAAAUGUAUAGAGCAUGAGCAAACUCUCGAUGCACCGCUUAGAUAUUACAAAUCAUUGUAAAAUCAGAUCUGAGAGGAAAGGCAAUCUGAAGAUAUUUUUAUGUAUAUGUGGCAGACAUCACACAUGCUUAAGUGAUUUUUUUGGCAGCUUUGCUGGACCUUUAUUUUCCACUGAUACAGAUCCUACUAUAUUAUUCAUGCAGGAUAUACAGAACGCUUGCCUAAAGAAAAAGUGCAGAUCCAAUCUUUAAAAAGGGAAACUGGAGAAGAGGAUUCCAGUAAAAAAAGUGCAACUUCUCUUAUCCUCUUUGAAGAGGUAAGACAUAAAUGCAGGUCUUGCUUUCUGAAGAAAAAGUUUCAGCACCAUCCAGAAUAAAGGAAGGAGGGCCAGAGUUGGCCAGCUAUGAUGUAUCUAUCUCCCCCAACUCCCAUAAUACAACCUUAAAGUAAAGGUAAAGCACCCCUGAGAGUUAAGUCCAGUCACAAACAACUCUGGAGUUGCGGUGCUCAUCUCGCUUUACUGGCCGAGGGAGCUGACAUUUGUCUGCAGACAGUUUUUCCGGGUCAUGUGGUCAGCAUGACUAAACCGCUUCUGGCGAAACCAGAGCAGCGCACGGAAAUGCCGUUUACCUUCCCGCUGGAGCGGUACUUAUUUAUCUACUUGCACUUUGACGUGCUUUCGAACUGCUAGGUUGGCAGGAGCUGGGACUGAACAACGGGAGCUCACCCCGUUGCGGGGAUUCGAACCGCCGACCUUCUGAUCGGCAAGCCCUAGGCUCAGUGGUUUACAUCACAGCGCCACCCGCGUCCCAUACAACCUUACUAUGGGUUAAAUCCAUUUGCACAAUGGGACUUCACAUUCCCACCCCUGCAGUCCCCAUACCCAACACCUACUUUGGAGGGGCCUCCAAGCUUCCAGAGCAAACGCUGGAUGGAGCAUGGGGUGCCACGGGGGGAGGGGGGAGCGGCGGACAAGAGGAAGAAUAAUUUCCUUUGCAUGAUUCACUCUGACACUUUUGCAUACAACCUUAGACAUUUUUCUUUUAAUUUUUUUUUCCAGCACAGUUUUUGUAGCAGUGCUCAAGUUUAUAUGGCAGCUCCCACAUUCUGUACUGCCUAACAUCAACUAUCUUUUAUUUUUUGAAGCUGGAUUGUAUUAAAUGAAUCAUCCUUAAUGUAUACAUAGUUUAUCACUCCAGAUAAAAUGACAACCCAUAGUUAAAUAAAAAGCAAAAGCUUCUGAGUGUCCCUGCAGGCUGAAGAACUGGGGAGGAGCUUAAGCUCAUUUAUGUUAAACACUAGACCAUGGUUUAACUUGAUGUCCAAACAUUCAUACAUUUUAUUUGUAUGCUGCUUUUCCACUAAAGGAUCAUGCUGAAAGUGGCUUACAACAAAGAGAUAAGGAUGCAUUUUAAACAUACACUACAAAACAAUUUUAUAAUAACUUAGCAAAACAAUAACGUAACAAUUUCAUAAUAACAUAGCAAAACAAUAACAUACAAAAAACCAAGAUUUCUUGUUUUUAAUAUUUUAGUAACAAGAUUACUUAAACAGCAUGUAGCAUCCAAUAGCAAAAAUAAGAAGGGAACGUCACAGUUUCACCAGAGUCCUAGAAACAUCCCUCUGUUGCUCACAGUGUCUCUCCUGCAGGAGCUUCUUUUAAGGCUUCCAAAUAUGAAAUCUGUUGGACAUUAUAUGAAUAAACACUUUCCACUUCUCAUAGGUUGAUGUAAUAUUUGAUGAAGAUGUUGGAUUUCUAAAUGCAAUAAAAACAUUCAUGAGCACUACCAAGAGACCUGUCAUUCUUACUACCAAUGGUGAGUAUUAUGAUUAUGAUGAUUCCAAGUAUCUUGUUAAUGCUUUGAAUAAGUGAACAUUAGAACAGUGAAAUUUCUGUUUUGGAGUUUGAGAAAACAGUUUGGAAUCUUGAAUUCAAGAAGGUUUCUCAGGCAAUGCAGGGGGGAUGCCUAACCCUUUUUCCUAUGGGUGCUUUCUGCUCAAAGUACAGUGGUGCCUCGCAAGACGAAAUUAAUCCGUUCCGCGAGUCUCUUCCUUUUGUGGUUUUUUCGUCUUGCGAAACACGGCUAUUAGCCGCUUAGCAGCUAUUAGCGGCUUAGCAGCUAUUAGCGGCUUAGCGGCUUUAAGAAAAAGGAAACAAACUCGCAAGAACUCGCAAGACGUUUCGUCUUGUGAAGCAAGCCCAUAGGGAAAUUCGUCUUGCGGAACGACUCAAAAAACGGAAAACUCUUUCGUCUAGCGAGUUUUUCGUCUUGCGAGGCAUUCGUCUUGCGGGGCACCGCUGUAACUGUUUACUUUUCAGUACCCUAUGCUGAGGGAACAAAACAUGCUGUUCCUUUUAUGGUUGUAGGCUGGUCUCUCUUAGAAACAGCAUAGUGGAUCUAAUUCAUUCUGCAACCCCAUUUGUUGUGCCCACAUUUUGUCUUUUCUAAGUCUCGCCCCACAAGUCAGCACCCUACUUCUGUUUCCACCUUUAUCUUUGUUGUUCACCAUAUUACGCGGGUGGCGCUGUGGUCUAAACCACUGACCCUCUUGGGCUUGCAGAUCAGAAGGUCGGCGGUUCAAAUCCCCGCGAUGGGGUGAGCUCCUGUUGCUCUGUCCCAGCUCCUGCCAACCUAGCAGUUCGAGAGCACGCCAGUGCAAGUAGAUAAAUAGGUACCGCUGUGGUGGGAAGGUAAUGGCGUUUCCGUGUGCUCUGGUUUCCGUCAUGGUGUCCCGUUGUGCCAGAAGUGGCUGGCCCCAUGACCCGGAAAGCUGUCUGUGGACAAACACCGGCUCCCUUGGCCUGAAAGUGAGAUGAGCAUUGCAACCCCAUAGUCACCUUUGACUGGUCUUAACUGUCCAGGGGUCCUUUACCUUACCUUACACCAUACUACACAAAAUGUAGGGCAGUUCUUUACCUGUUUUCACACUGAGUGAACUCUUCCUCUAGGACUUCUAUAAAUGUUGGCAGAACAGCAGUGGGAGCUCUUUUCCUAUUCAAGAGCUAUUGGAGAGUAGAAUAAUUGAAGAUUGGCUUCUGUCUCUCUCUUCCCCCCCGCCCCCUGGCAUGCAUCUUGUUCUCCUUUUCUCCUGUUGUAAUAUACGUUAACUAUAAUAUGUUCAGGGCUCACAUUUUAAUAUUACAUUAAAAUAAUUCUCAAUGGUCAAAUUUUAAAAGGCUUUACUUCUGAAUCUUUUGUGUAGAUCCAUCAUUUAGUUUAAUAUUUGAUGGUUGCCUUGAAGAAAUCACCUUCAGUAUACCUUCUAUGGUAAGUCUUUCACUUUUGGAAUAUAAAAUAAGUAGUUUACGAUUUCAUAGUAUGACAAAACGUGGACCCGACUAUUAUUGCAACUGCAGUUGAAUUCAUAGAUUUGUGAAAUUUGUGCUUUAGUUAAAGCAUCACCCAUGCAAGGGGUUUUAAGACAUUGUUGCAAUGACACCAAAUCUUUACAAAUAAUGCACCAUACAGCACAGUUGGCUUAUAGCCAUCUACUUUUUAGUAGUUAAAUAAGAUUUAACACUGCAGUUAGGAACAUAGGAAGCUGCCUUAUACUGAGUCAGAUGAUUGCUCUAUCUAGCUUAGCUUUGUCUGCACUGGCUGGCAGCAGCUUUCCAGUCAUACCUGGAGAUGCUGGGGACUGAACCUGAGACAUUCUGUAUGCAAAGCAGAUGCCCUACCAGUGAGCUACAGCUCUUCCCCUAAAGGUUCAAAUUUUGCUUACAUGUGCUGUAUUUAAACACUACCCAUUCAUGGCAGACAGCAUUAGUUAGUAGGUACAGAUUCUUAGCAUGUAAAGUAACAUUCUGCUGUUGUGCUUCUUUUCCAAAUUGUAUUACUAAUUUUUGAAUCUGUUUUGUUUUAGAUAAAUGUUGCCAGCUAUCUCCAAGUUCUCUGUUUGGCUGAGAACUUAAGAAUGGAUAUAAGAGAUCUUGCUGCUUUGUUAACUGCAAAUAAUUGUGACGUCAGACAAAGUAUUCUAUACUUACAGUUCUGGGUUCGGAGUGGCGGCGGCUAUUUAAAAGAAAAAGGUAUGGUACUGCGCAGCAAGUCUGCUCAGCUGGGGUAGUGAACAAAGUAGUUCACAUGUCAAAAGUGUUUGUUGUUGUUCACCUGGUAAACAGUUAAAAUGCUUUUUAAAAAUCCACUUUAUUUGUCUAUUAGAAAGAACAAUAGAACUGGUAAGAAAAUGUUGCAAUGUAUCCUUGAUCCCUAACAGACAGCUCUUGUUCCAGCUAGCUUAUGUCCUCCUCCAGGAUACUAAAAUGUAAGGAGACAAAGCAGGCCAAUUCAUUGUCCUUCCCCCUUGGUUUUUUUUGUUUCUUUUUCCAGCUGAUGGCAUUCUCGGGCUGCUUUUUGGGGUAUUUUUAACGUUUUUAACUUCUGCAUACAUCUGCUUUCACCUGAGUAUAUGGCACCCUUUAGGAUCCAAUCCUGUUGGCACUCAGUCACCAGAAUUUGUUAUUAGAGAGAAUUAGUGUGAUUUUUAUUGGAUAGAUGAAGAAGCAACAUAGAACAGAUGAGGAAAUUACAGAAUGAAGCUGCAACAAGGGGAAACUAGACUAAAAGAAGUAAACAAUCAAAUGAGUAAUGGCAGCAGAGAAAAUAUCCAAAUUUCAAAAAAUCUAUACCAAGAAUUUUUUUUUUUAAAAAAAGGAACAGAACUGCUACACUGCUGUCAGAGCUUAUCAUUGUUAUGAAUUCCAUUUGAAACUCUUGUUUAUAGGAGGAGAGAGAGAGGUAAGUGGCAAAGAACAGAUUAUUUGCAUUGAAGAUGCAACCAGCUCCAAGAUCAGUAAACCUGGCCCUCCAGUGACUCUUCCAAAAUGUGACACUGGCUGCACUGAGAACUUGCUUGGCCUUAAGAACAUCUUUUUGCCUUCCGAAGAUUUGUUCCAAUUUCUUAAGGUACGUUUCUUUUGGUACAAUGAACUUCCCUAGGGCAUGCUGCUGAUUAAUGACAUAAAUGAAACAGAAUACUAUUACAACAAAUUGUAUUGUGGCAUCUCAAAGACUUUUUAAAAAAAUGUUUGGUCAUGCAUUUUUGUAGGUGGAAGUCAAAUUAGCACUAUCCAAGUAGAAUGGAUGAGCAACCAUGUUGGUACAUGAAAAAUACUUUAGAGAGGGAACUCCUAGGGAAUUAAACACACGCACACACAAAUAUUGUUUACUCACUUAAACCAAAGUUGCACACUUCUGCGCUCAUAAUGGCUGCUUUAGAAAAUACUGUUUCAUCUGGUUUAUUGUUUAUUGCUUUCAUGCUUUAGAGCAGGCCUGUCCAACCGAUCUACAGAGCCAGUGUGGUGUAGUGGUUAAGAGCGGUAGUCACGUAAUCUGGGGAACCGGGUUCGCGUCUCUGCUCCUCCACAUGCAGCUGCUGGGUGACCUUGGGCUAGUCACACUUCUUAGAAGUGUCUCAGCCCCACUCACCUCACAGAGUGUUUGUUGUGGGGGAGGAAGGGAAAGGAGAUUGUUAGCUGCUUUGAGACUCCUGAAGGGGAGUGAAAGGCGGGAUAUCAAAUCCAAACUCUUCUCCUUCAAUUGCUGGGCGUCCCUGGUUGAUUGCGGGAUCCACCCCCCCCCCCAAAAAAAGCUCAACAAUUCUGGUCAACCCAAUGGGUAGAUCACUGCCAGUUUAUUUAUAGUUGGGGGUAGAUCGCAGUCUCUUGGAAGUUGGACACCUCUGCUUUAGAGUGACUGUAUAUGCUACAAAUCUGUUAAGGAAAAUUUUAUAACUUAUUCGUUAAUUCCAUCUUUCACAGCAUGAAAUCACAACAAAAGAAGACUGGAGUAGACUGACAGAUCUGCUCACAGAAUUCCAGAUGAAGAAUAUAGACUUUAUUUAUAGUAAUCUUGAAUUCAUUUUACCUUUACCAGUUAAUAUACUUCCAGAACCAAUGCUAAUGGCUAAUCCUUCAUGUAACACAGUUACAGAAAACGAUUCAAGUAAUAAGUCUUUGGACAGCGAUUGCUUAGAGGAAACAAGCCCUGUGAAAAAGGUUAAACGGACAAAACGCCAAAGAAUUACAGCUUUCUUAGAUGAUAGUGAUUUAUUUGAAAGUGAUUUAGACUAUUCUGGUUUCAUUACUUUACCAUCUGGCAUGCCUAGUUCAUGCUUGGAAGAAGAAAAGGGUGGACUGGAGCCUGCGAUGGGUAACACAGCAGCACUAGACAGUGGAACGCCAGCGAAAGCAAAGAGCUCUGCACCAGCAUACCAGUGCCUAAAUUCAGUAACUGAAUUUGUGGACAACAUGUCUUUCUUAGAUUAUUGCUUCAACAGGAGGUGUCAGGAAUCAAAACAAUCAUGUAACUAUGAGGAAUUUAUUUGGACAAAAGGGAAGAUAAAAAAUGGUCUGUCAGAUGAGUUCAGCAUGGAGCAUGAUGACUGGUGGAACUUCAAAAGCUCUGCUGAGCUGAAAGCAACUGUGGAAGCACUCGGUUUUCACAAGUGCAUUAGGACAAUUUCAAAAGUUAUGGAAAGUAACUCUUGCAGGACUCCUGGGAAUGAUGAAUUGGAAGAACUUGCACUCAAUGUUUCAAAAGACAGAGCUGAUUUAUACUUUGGUCAGUCAAUAGCUAAUUCCAGGUAAGGUCAAAAUACCACAGGUGUAUGCUGAAUGAACAGGGAAAAGGAUGCUUUUUUCAGUAUAUAAAGUUCCAGGGAGAGCAAGGGCUUCCCCCUUCUGUUUUCAUGUUGUGAAUAUUUAUUUGCAGAGGUACUUCUAAGCAGUUGAAGCAGUCAAGGGAGACUGCUUACACAGUAGCUCCAUGUAUGCUUUGGAAGAGCCAUGGAAUGUUGGUUGUGGGCUAAUUAUAGUGUUUAAUUAUUACAAAUAUUCACUAAUACUCUAACAUUAGUUGGAGUCUUAGUGAUGCCUGGUUUUUAGGUUGGUGGUUUUUUUUGAUCCGGUUUCAGCCUCAGUUUAGCUAUAACAAAGAUGGUAGCAGAACCAUCUUUUAAAUACGGGGCUGCCCAGUCAUGUGUGAAAUGUAGGGAAGGAAGAGAUUUUAAUAGCAAAAGGACCUUGCAAGUAAAAUACAUGGAAUCUUUUCUCUGCCAGCUAUGUUACACCUCCCCACAGUUUGAGCCUUUUGCGUGCCCAUGUACAGCAAGUCCCUGUGAACUGGGAAGAGGUGGUAAAACAUAGAAAUAAACAGCUAAAACAAUGUUCUGGAAUUGAAACGGCAACAACAUUAUUGAUUGCAGAUGUCAGUAAGCUUUGGCUGAGUAUCCUGAGUCAGCUGCCUGACUGUGGGCUGACACAGGUACAGUGGUACCUCGGGUUACAUACACUUCAGGUUACAUAUGCUUCUGGUUACAGACUCCACUAACCCAGACAUAUUACCUUGGGUUAAGAACUUUGCUUCAGGAUGAGAACAGAAUUCGUGCUCUGGCAGCGGCAGCGGGAGGCCCCAUUAGCUAAUAAUAAUAAUAAUAAUUUAUUAUUUAUACCCCGCCUAUCUGGCUGGGCCUCCCCAGCCACUCUGGGCGGCUUCCAUAGAAACCAAAAAUACAGUAAAAUAUCACACGUUAAAAACUUCCCUGAACAGGGCUGCCUUAAGAUGUCUUCUGAAUGUCAGGUAGUUGUUUAUCGCUUUGACAUCUGCUGGAAGGGUGUUCCACAGGGCGGGUGCCACUACCGAGAAGGCCCUCUGCCUGGUUCCCUGUAGCUUUGCUUCUCACAAUGAGGGAACCGCCAGAAGGCCCUCGGCGCUGGACCUCAGCGUCCGGGCAGAACGCUGGGGGUGGAGACGCUCCUUCAGGUAUACUGGACCGAGGCCGUUUAGGGCUUUAAAGGUCAGCACCAACACUAAAGUGGUGCUUCAGGUUAAGAACAGUUUCAGGUUAAGAACGGACCUCUGGAAUGAAUUAAGUACUUAACCUGAGGUACCAAUGUAAAAAGAUGACACCCCCACCCCCCAAGCCAACAUGUAUAAGUUCUAUGGCUGGCUUUCUUUUAAGCCUGCCAUUUGGGACACAUGCAACCUAAUUUUGAACCUAUUACUUAUUUAAGUAAUGCAUAUACCAUUUUUCAGGCAAAUCUCACAAAACAAUUUACGCUAUUGAUUGAUUGAUUGAUUGAUUGAUUGAAUUUAUGUAUCACCCUAUACCUGGAGGUCUCAGGGCUGUUCACAGAACAAAAUCGAAAUAUAAAACCACAAAAUAUAUACUCAAAAUAAAAACAACAACCCAAUAGCCCUCCUCCCCCAAACCCCUACAUUUUAAAAGGGCAUAGGGUGUCAAUCAAAUUGUUUAAUAGCUUCCAUGGGUGACGCAGGGUUCUUGUUACGGCAGAGGUUUGAUAGAGUCCAGGUUACAUUGUGCAGGUAGCCAAGAGCUAUAGAAGAGAUCAGGAACAGCAAGCAGAGCCAAAAGCGGUUCAAGUGCACCAUAUUUAAUAACCAGGUCUCUGUAGGCAGAACCAUCACCUGCAAUAUUUCCUAAAGCCCCUACAGCUUGCUCACUGAUGUGCAUAUGGGGGGGAACCAGCAAGGAAAUAAAGGCAGGUAUUGCUCCACCAUCUACAAUAGCUUUUGUCUGUUCAGACGUGCCAGAGGCAAUAUUGGUCAAAUGCCCAAGCAGAUUCAAACUGAAAAGGGCUGCAAUCUACUCUUCCCAAGAAGGAUACAAGCUUUGAGAUCUACAUCAGAACUACUUAUUGUAGUAUAUUUGAAAAAUGUUUGCCUUCAGUGGGAUGCUUGAGGCUAAAUCCUGGGUUCUAUAAGGGCAAAAAUACUAGAACUAGAUCAUAAAAAAUCAGGAAUUAAAUAGAUGCUGGUUCAGCACAGUGUAACAGCGAUUGUACAUUGGGCACAUUUGCUGAAAUUUAAUCUGUUAUUUCUUGUUAAACUAUAGCUGGGACAGGGGAAAAACCUAUGUGCUUUUCUUUUGCAGCAUUUACCAUAAUGCACAGAAGAGGUUGGAAAUAAUCGAAACUGUAUUUUCCAGUAGACCUUCUUUAAAUAUUUGUAACAGACAAGCAAGUGUAGUGGACUACCUGCCUAUUCUCCGCAACAUCUGCAAGUUGGAGAAACAGAAAGAACAGGGGAAAGCCAAAAGAAGGUAAUCUUCAUGUUAUUAGCAAGACAAUCAUGUUCAUAUCUUAUCAGGAGACACACACUGCAAUCCUAUGCUCACUUAACAUUAAACUCAUGCAUGCUGCAUUUUCUUUCCCUUCUUUCUUUCAAAAAGACAGACCAUUUUCCUUUAUUUCUUUUUCAACAGAUUUCUCCACUACCUUGAAGGAAUUCACUUUGAUUUUCCAAGAGAAAUUUUGAACAGCCUGGCAAAUGACUUUCCAUAAAACAAACCUGUAGGACCUUUGAAUAUACAUUAAUGAUUUUAUAUGUACAGAGUGUUGCUUAUAUUGUGAAUCUUUUAAGUAUUUAAAAAUACAAACUGUAUUUUGUAUAUAUCUAUCGCCAAGGUACUUUCCACAUUCCAAAUGUGAAGUGACUAUGUGUUGAAAUCUACACCAGAUGCAUUCAAAUACAAUCUGAAGCAUAUCAAGCCCAUUGCUGCAACUACUGUAUUGGCUGACUUUUUAGGGUGUGGGUUUUGUCCCAUAUAUUCGGGCAUAAUACUGUGUUUAUAAGGUGCUAUUCUAAUUUCCACAUAAGUAUGGUGCUACUUGGGAAAAGAUUAGCCAGCUGAUAAUGAGGUAACCGUAAACUUUUUUGCUGUUACAUUGCAAAGGCUGCUUUUGGGCUUGGUUUUAUGUGUGUGCAUGUGAGCCAGUAAUGUUUUCUUCACCAACACAGUAAGGUCUUCAAUCAGUUUGGAGAAAUAAUCUGUGUUUUGUAAAUUUAUACUAAAAGUUCUACUGGGUUGUAUAGUCGUAUUUAUCUGUAUUUAUCUGUAACCCUGUACAUUUUAUUUUUAUACUAUCUGAUAUUUUCCUACCACUACACUUGAAGUUCUUCUGGGUUAUUUUUUAAUUUUUUACCUACAGCGAAAUAAUAAAUAUCUGGAUGGGCUUUGAAACCUAUUUCUUGCAGGGUGACUUUUAGAUGUAAGAGUAGACAUUAUCCCCAGUUAUAACCAUUAAUCAUACUUCCGAACUAGGAAAGCAUUUGAAAAUUGCUGAAGACUGCUGCCUACAUGUUGAUAGGUUGGAAAAAUAGCCUAUAUGUAUAUAUUAAUAACAACUCUUUGCCACUCCAUCACUGAGGUUCUCUGAAUGGCUUAUACUGAAAUGCAGCCCCAAACCAUUAAAAUCCUUAGUGCCGUUCUCUUUGAAGCAAUAAGAAGAUCUUAUAUCAAGAGCUGUGGAAAGCUUUUUGAAGUAGCAGCAAAAUGUACCGUAUUUUUUGCUCUAU